AUGCCAACAGCAACCAGAACAAGCGUGUACAGUGGGGGGGAAGGGAAUGAAGGCGCGAAUGACGUGGGAUUCAGUCCAAUGGGGGGGCCAAGCCCAGACAAUAGUUCGGGCCAACCUACAUCGGCGGGGGUACCCAUUGUAGCGUCAGCAAUGCGUCUAGAAAUAGACAAGAAUGUCUGUCAAGGCAACUAUGUUCUGAUGAGGGUGGGCAUUCGUGAUCAACAGCCAGAGCGCCGCAUGCCACUAGUGGAUGCGGAGCUCAGACGACGAUAUGACCAAGCGAUCAACGAUUGUGGUCAUGAUGAGGAAGACAAACUUACCCAAAUCAGUCUGUACAUUAGUGAGCUAGAGCUCAUGCGUUCACGUUUAGGCAAUCAGAUAAACGAACCAUCGCUUAAGAAAUUGCUCAAGACUUCGGAAUUUCUUAAGAUGCCUAAGGAUAGCUUCUUUAGAAUGGAAAAUUGUGAAGAUAUCAUAGAGUGCACUACACAAUGUAGUGACCUAUUCUUAGCUACGUCAAUGCCACUGUGUCAAUAUCCAACACUAGUGAGAAGACUAUUAGAUUACACUGAUGCAACGGAGAACACCAAAUCAGUACUCAAUAACUUAAGAGAUUCUGAGACACAUACGACUAGGCACUUCAAUGAUCCUGAGCAGUUCAAUAGAGUCACCAUUGAUAGACUCAGAUCACAUCCAGUAGACUAUCUAUUAGAGAAGUCUCUCAGUGACAUGCAGAAUAAGAAGAUGAACGUCGAAGUGCGCACAGAGCGAGUGCACAAGACAAUGGCAAUGUUAGAGGAGCGUUACCGCAACUCAGACAAGAAACCCAUACACUUCUAA